AUGUGUGUGCUUCGCGACCAUAACCAACAACGAGCGCAUCCGCCCGCCGCUCCGGCCGCCGCGCGAGACUCUACGCUUUCAGCAUCCCAUGGCUCGCAAGCCGUCCCCGCCGCCGCUCCGCCCGCGCCUUCGCACAGCACCGAGACCCCCAAACCGCAAGAGCCCACGAAUGGCGUUCACGACGUGAAGGAGCAAGAAGAGGGCCAGCCAGUCGUCCCGGCGCAGCUGGAGGCGAACAAUGCCACAAGCCAGCCGAAGGCGAUACAAAAGCGCCCGUCACUGCUGGGCCGCAACAAUUCCGACAAGUCCGGCACAACCCCGCCUGAUUCGCGGUCCCCGUCAAGGAGAGGCUCGUGGGUGACGAGCCUAACGUCCAAGUUCUCCUCGUCGCAACAGGCCGCAAACCACACGAGUGCAACGAACGGCAACAACGUGCAGAAUGGCAAGCCGCAGGCCAACGGUAGUGGUGGUGGUGCCGGCGGCGCCGGCGGCGGUGGCCUACCGCUUAUCAACCCGUACUCGCCGGGUCUCGGCACCCCCACUCCUCCCACCAAUGGCCAGCAACAGCACCAGCAUGGCGAGGAUAUGGAGCCGUACGUGCCGCAACCGCCCGAGACGUCGCGCGUGUCGUUCUUGUCGAAUGCCCUAAGACGGCUCUCUUCGGGAUCGCAGGCGCCGCCGCCAAGCAAGGUUACGGGCAACGGAGGCAUGUGCCCUCGACGCGUCAUGAACAUCGACCAAAAUCGCGAGAGGUGUCUUGUGCCGGAGUUGGACAGCUCGAAGCUUCGGAGGGUUGCCUUUUGCGUCGACGUGGAGAUUGCCGGUGCACCACGAUACAGGGAGAACGGCGAAUCUCCGGAGCGGAAGAGGCAGACGACCAAGGACAAGAAGAUGAAGGAGCGGGGUGAGGGUGAGGCUUUGAAAAAUCCAGACGCCGUUGCAUGCCAGAAAGAGAAGGAUGGCGUGGUUCAGGUCAGCAACGAAGAGGUGGGAAACGACGAGGCGCCCAAUCCGGAGGGCACAGUAAUGGAAGGCGAGGAAAAGAGGGGAGAGUCUAGCAAUAAAAAGAAGGAAAAGAAGAAAAGGUCAGAGGCGGAGCGAAAGGAGAGGAAGGAAAAGAAGCGUCGAAAGGCGGAAGAGAACGGGUCCGUUCCAAUGGAGCUUACACGGGAUGACGAUGGGGGAAGCUCAACCCCUCAAUCAGCGGAUACCAAGCCGUCGAAGCCUCAGGAUCGUCCGACGACGGACCCGUUGAGAAUAUAUCGGAGAUGCUGCCAGUUGAGAGAAACACCGAUUCUGAAGCGAAUCAGCGAACAACUCCAGGAGGCAGCGAGAGGUCCGAUUGAGACUCCCGGUGUCGUCACUUGUCUGAACCUUACGGGCUCGCGGCUGACGCUGGCGGAUAUGAAUACUCUUGGCGACUGGCUUGCGGUAGUUCCGAUAAAGAAGCUGCUCCUGGAAGACUCGGAACUCACGGAUGAGGGAUUGCGCGUCAUUCUCGCAGGGCUUCUGGCCGCUAAACCCCCGGAUUAUCACGGACGCUCGUCCGUUUCCAUGAAAACGGACUCAACCAGGAGUUUCCAGGAAAGCACGGGCGUUGUGGAGAAACUGAGCCUAAAGAACAACCCGAAAAUUACAAGAGAAGGAUGGAAGCAUAUAAGUCUGUUCAUCUACAUGUGUCGAUCACUCAAGGCGUUGGACGUCUCUCACAUCCCUUUCCCGCAGCCGCGCGCACCUCCUAAGACCCAUCCCUCGGAGCAGAAGAAGCAGAUCAAAGUACCCGUCGAUGACAUUGCGGAAAUCCUGAACAAGUCCGUGUCAGAACGGCUUGGUGGCGCACAUCUGGAGGAGCUGCUCAUGACGGAUUGCGCACUGAAUUCUCAGAACAUCCGCAAGAUAAUUGACGGCGUCAUCGUUAGCGGCAUUCAAAGGCUUGGGCUCUCCAAUAAUUCCAUCGAUGCGGAAGGAAUAGAGCACGUCGUACGCUACCUCCGUUCCGGCGUAUGCCACGGACUAGACCUUGGCGGAAAUGAUUUGCGCAACCGGAUGGAACAACUUUGCGAAGGUCUGCAUGACAGAUGCCCGCUGUGGGCACUGAGCCUUGCAGACUGCAACCUGGGUCCGGAUUCGGUAAGGCUACUAUUGCCGAAGCUGGUGCCGCUGCAGAACUUCCGGUUCGUGGACCUGUCACACAAUCGCGAUUUGUUCGCAACUGAGCCCAGCGCGUUGGCUACCCUACGAAAGUACCUCCCCCAACUUCACUUUCUGAGACGGAUCCAUUUGGAGGAUGUGUCGAUGACGCCUGCUCAAGCUAUCGGGCUGGCGGAAGUCCUUCCGGAAUGUCCACGGCUGGCUCAUCUCACCAUCCUGGAGAAUCCAGAGCUUUCUACCCUGGCAUCCGCAUCGGACGAGGCAUCUCAGGAAGAGGCUUGCGCACUCUAUGCAUCGUUGAUGGUUGCCGUCAGGGUUUCGGACUCGAUAAUAUGCGUCGAUAUCGACGUGCCCAGCCAGGACUCAAGCGAAGUUGUCAAGGCUCUUGCGAAGCAAGUCGUCGCUUAUUGUCUUUCAAACAUGGAGCGUGCCACAGCUCAAGAGGCUGCUGUACUGGCCGAGAGCGCUCCUGGCGCUCCUGGUGCCGCAUCCAGCGGUGCUGAAAACGUAGAGAUUCCCGAAGUACUCCUUCAUCUGGUAGGACAUGGGGAAGACUCCGAUGGCACUGACGAUGACUCCGCCGCGCCGGACGAGGACUACAUCGUUGGAGGUACUGGCUUGGUCAAGGCGCUUAACUACUGUCUGCUUGAGAAGGCGUCCGACAAUCUCAGACGGAAAAGCAUGGCAGGAAGCCGACCUGGAAGCGGUGCCGCUACUCCCCGCAGCUCGAGCAGACUCGGCAACCGCGAACAGCGUUCGGCCAAGGCGAAGAGUAUGUCCAAGGAUCUGCUGCACAGCGCACGUAAGAUCCGAGCACGCCUUCAACCGGCUCUGGCCAGGGAGGCGCGCGCCGGCGACGAGACGGCCUACAAGCGGCUGCUGUUCCUCGACAACACCCUCCAGGGCAUCAUCCAGCGCUUCGAAGACGAGUACCCGGACUGCCGCGUCCAUCACCACCGCCCACCCACCGCCUCAGAAAUCUCGGCCGCGCUCGCCAACUCGAUCGGCUCCCUCUCCUCGGACCACGACCCCCCAUCCAGCAACGACAACAACAACGGCAGCAACAAAACCGACACCGCCGACACGUCCUCAGCGCCAUCGAAGGGCCCCUACGCCGCCCACAACACCGGCUUCACGGCCGCCGGCGACAGCGGCUCCGACGACGAGGCCGAGCACGACCACGACCACGACCACGACCUCCCCCCGCUGGGCCUGCGCUCGCGGCACAACUCGGACGUCUCGCUGGCCAGCCGCGCGCAGACGCUCGAGGAGGGCCGCAUCCACCGGCUCGGGCAGUCGGUCCGGCGCGAGCUGCUGCGCCCGCAGCUCGAGGACCGCCUGCACGGCACCACGGGCGAGGACGCCGAGACGGCGCGCGAGCCGGCGCACCUGCGCAUGCUGCGCGACCAGCUCUCGCAGCUCAGCGGCGGCGAGCUCCGCGACAUGGUCGUCCGCGACGGCUGGGAGGAGACGGUCAAGAAGAUCGGCGCAAACGCCGAGGAGCUGCGCGCCCUCGCGCGCGAGCGCCCCGACGAGUUCGAGCAGUGGCGCGACGCGCAGAUCGCGGCGCAGGUCAAUGCCGGCAUGGACGUGCCGCCGGAGAUGAGGCGGAGCAGCAAGGCGCAGGCGGAUGAUGGCGGGAGGGGGGGUGGGGAUGGGGAGGAGGAGGAAAGCGCGAUUGUAGAUGAUUGA